AUGAGCGCCACUGCAGCCUACCCUCCUCCCACUUCUGAGCCCACGGGACCUAAGCGCGGUCACCAUGUCGAGGUGUACCUGCAGAGCUUUGCCGGUCGCCCAAGCGAGCGCGAAGCCGAGGCCGAGCGCUGGAAGAAGGCCGGCGUCGACGGCUCAAUCAAGGUGUACUACCUGAACCUGCUGCUUGUCUCACUCGCAGUGGUGCAGGUCAAGGGCGGCCUGAGCUGGAAGAUGCGCGAUACCGCCGCGGGCGGCAGGGAUUGCGGCAAGGCGGAUGCCGAGAUCAAGAAGCUCAAUGCUGAGGCGGACAAGCUGCAGGCCGAGGCUGAUGCCAUCUCCGCCAAGGCCGACGCCGAGCUGGAUGCUGUCGCACGCAAGGCGGGAAUGGAGUCGCGCAGGCGCAUGCAACGCACCACCGAGGACACGAAGGACGACUAG